AUGAUGCUUUUCAAUAAGAUUUCAAAUUUAAUAGACCCCAAACUAGAUUAUUAUGGCCAGAAACAUAAUAAGAUUAUGAUGCAUAGUAUAUUCUUAAUUGGUUUUACUCUCUCUUUAAUCCUCGGACUUAUUUUUAAAAAGAUUAAGAUUGUCAUACAUGGAAUGGUAGCAACAGUCAUAAUUAAUUUAAUAUUAACAAUACCAAGUUGGUACUUUUAUAGAAAAAAUCCAUUGUUAUUUAAAAAGAGAAAGACUGAAUAA